AAUGCGAUCACAGUCUAAUUCUCAUCAUUGAUUCUGGUUACCUGCAAAAGUCCAUUGCAAAGAUGAAAUCCCUCUGCUUUGCUUUUUAUCUCAUCCUGCAGUGUAUCUUUGGAAAAGGGGAAGGUGCACAGUGGUGUUAUGCAGUUGAAGAAUGCUCUGGAUGCAUAGGACCCAGAGACUGGCAGACACUAGAUGGAUCAAAAUGUGGAGGGCCUGCUCAAUCCCCAAUUAAUGUUGUUACAGGCAACUUAAAAUAUAAUUCACAAUUGAAGCCAUUUACAUUUGUAGGAUAUGAUAAAGCGUAUAACUACACCAUGACAAAUAAUGGCCAUUCUGCAUUCAUAGAUCUGAGUAGAACAUCUAUGAGCAUUAAGGAUGGAGGGCUUUCAGGAACUUAUAAUAUAGUUCAGCUCCAUUUCCACUGGGGAAGUGAAAUGUCUGAAGGAUCUGAGCAUUCUAUAAACGGCGAAAGAUUCCCAAUGGAGCUUCAUAUUGUACACAAUAGUAGUGGUGGACAUCUGGCUGUCCUUGGAUUCUUCUAUGAAGAGAAUACAUCAAAUAAUACAAAAUAUGAUGGUAUCAUCAAUGGCUUAAACAUGAUCACAAGUAAAGGUAGCAUUGCAAAUGUGACUAACCUUAGACUGGUAGACCUUAUUCCAGAAAGUAGAGAACUCGAACUAUAUUACAGAUACAAUGGAUCACUCACAACUCCAAACUGCGAUGAGAUAGUCACCUGGACACUAUUUCCAAAUACAAUUAAACUGAGUAAAGGACAGUUGGAGGCAUUCUACAAAAACCUAAAUUUUACUGUGAAUGAUAAAAUGGAGGAAAAUUUCAGGCCUGUGCAGAAACUGAACGGACGGAUUGUUCAAACUUCUGAUGCCAUAUCUGUAUUGUCUCAGACCGUAACCUUGAUUAUUCCGGUGCUGUUGUCAUUACUAUUUUUCACAUCAUAAAAAUAAAUAAUGAACUUUCUAUUCUAAAACUAAGCCAACUCCUUUUCAGCUUGAUUAGAACUUUGUCGUUUCAUUAUUAAAAGACCAUAUUUACAUAUAAUUAUGCCAAUAUCUUGAGAAAAGCAUUUCUGUUUAAAGUCAACUAUCAUAUUUUAAAUAAAUAGUGUUGACAUAUAUAUUUUUUUGUCCAAAUGUAGUAAUAAGUGUACUGUAUAAAUAAUUUUACUAUAAAAUUGUAUAACUGUACAUUGAAAUGCCCAAUGCUAUGUGAAAUGUUAUUUUAUAUAAACAGCAAAAAAUUAUGUUUCUAUUGCUGUGAUGUCACCGAGCUGUUAAGUUGUGCGUUUAACAUCAGCAAUAAAUAGCUCUGGGUCAGUCAAGUAAAGAGAAAUAUUGCAAAUUUAAAGUUCUGGAUAGGGCCAAAUCUUUGUAAAAUAAAUGCAAUUUCAGAAGGUCCUUUGAUGAUUGACUUGGACUAAUUGCUAUUCUAAAUCAGCAUAAGAGGGUACCUGAAAAACAAAAAGUGACCUCACUGAGUAUACGGGAAUAAUAUCAGUCAAAUGCACUAUAAAAAGGGUACUCGUAUAUACCCAGAUUUAAUAUGUUUCUAAGGUUACCUUUCUAAGUGGGGGAACAGCAUUAAGCAGUAAACCACUAUUCCUGUAUAGGCAAAGGGAGGUUGGUAUUCGAAAGGUUGAUAUUUGAUGUACUUCUUGGUUAUCUAAUUCGAUAAAUAUGAAAUGCAAGCUAGAAGUAUACUCAAAACCUUUCCUCCAUGAGUACCCGUUUUAAAGACUUUGUGCCACUAAACCAAAGGGCAUAUAAGCCCCAUGGUAGUAUAAAUAGCUGUGUGCAUUUCAGUUUCCAAAGUCUAGUAACCUGCAGUUGACCACAGUCAGAAACCUGUAGAGACUUUUAUGAAUCUUGGAAAGAUCAUAUAUAAUACCAGUCUACAUGCUGCUUGAAGGAACCUUUACUUUUGCUUUGAGUUUUACCUGAUUGUUAUUAAGGGGGUUACUAAGCAGCCUAGCUUCAUGGCUUAUAUGCUCAAAAAAAUUUUAAGCCAUGUAGCUGGUGAAAUCUGUGAAUUAGCUGGACAUUUGUCUGCCCCAUCAGAAAGCCUUAGAGGGACACUAUAGUCACCUGA